AUUGCGGGGACGCCUCGGGCAGUCAGUCAGUCAGUCUCAAGCUUGUGAGGGAGACCGCAGCCCUGGAGAUCAAGCACCCCAGCGAUGUGCACCCACACGAUAGUUAACUCCCAACUCGUUACAACUUUACAAGUGCUUCGUAACGGUCAAUGAAUGCAACGCCGUACCUUGCAUUAGUUAGCCGCGAGUCCUGGGGAGGAGCCGGGCCGCCCACCGCCACCAACAGCACGACCCGUUCUUCCGGGAUCUUCGGGAGUCAAACGCAAUCCGCGUUUAUCUUGAAAUCGGGUGUCUGUUUUCGCGCGCUUCAGCUUUCUCUCUGGAAGAACGCGUGCAGCACGCGUCACAUUGCGGGGAGAUUGGCCCCUCUCAUGAUCGACGGGCGCCAUCAAACAGCCGGGCACGAGCCGGGGUCAGUCCGGGGAAGAACGCCCACAGACCCACUGUUACCCGGGGUGACCGAGCUGCUCGUCGCUGCCCGUGUAACGACAACCAAGCCCACCGCUCUUGCAGUUGCAAAUUUGAAGCACCAACAAAGUUCUGCCUCCAUCAGCUCCUCAUGGUGUCAUCCAAAUCAGAACUCAAAUCACGCACAUGAGUGCACCCUAAAUGGGGAUCAAAUAAAAGCUCGGGCUGGAGCAAAAGUAUGUGGGGCCGAGUACCGAAACAAUACUUCCACCGUUCGGUCCGAGUCUGAACAAAGGACGAGCUCGGCCAUGCGCCCGGUUUGGCAAACUACCACCGACAACCGACAUAGACAUAGCUAAAUUUAAGCUACGGAGUAGACCGAGACAAAUACG